GUGCAAACGGGAAAGGUUAUAAUAUUUAAAAAAUAGUACUAAAGCAGUAUGAUAUUCAGAUAUACAUUUUACUUGCAUGACUUGGGGCAAUGCGUUAUUGACCUUUAGCAACCACAGAACACAAAGUAAUUAUUCAUUCAUGUUUAUGCAAAAUGCCCACAAUAUUUUAUUCAUGUCUUCGUGUUGCUUAUUCAUAUUCUAGAAAUAUUAACUAACAGUUAAACAGGUGGUUUGGAUGGAUGGAUGGAUGGAUGAUCUUCUUACCUACAUUGAUUUUUGAUAGUUGACAACCUCAAAUAACAAUCUCAGGAAAUUUGACUAAAUUGCGAGCAGCACUUUAACUCCACAAUGAUAAUAUAUGGUUGUUGUUUUUUUUUUUUUUAAUUUUAUUUAUUUAUUUAUUUUUUACAAUUUAAUAUGCCUUAUCCUCUGUGCAAAAUGCCCUAAACUGAUUGUGCCCGUUGCCUCUCUCUCUCUCACCAUCCCCCCCCCCCCCCCCCACACACACACAGCCCUGCCCUGAAGGGGCGGGAAAGAUAAGAGCUCACAGACUCACACAGAAGCGCUCGAGCUCACCAUAAUCAAGACGGUGCGGUUGACACGCGCUCAGUGCGCGGACUGAUAAACCUCCAUGGAAUAGAAAAAAAACAUUUAUUUUUGCUCCAAUCGAGACCGAUACGAAGAAAAGGAGUACUAGUGAAUGCUGAUACGUCAUGCAGCAUGGAGUGACUGCUACAGGGAGGUAUAGAAAACGCUAAUGAUCCUCAGAGUGGACAUUAAGAACAAGAAUCUACAGAUGGGAACAUUUCUUAAGUUUGCUUUGUCACUUUUCUUUGCUUUUUGAAAGUUUGAACAAGUCUAAUAGACAGACAGUUAGGUUAGGCUGCAUUUUCAACAUUGACAUGAGCUUAAUAUUCCCUCCUCUGGAUUGUUGCAUUUAAGUCUUCGGUUCUAACAGCUACUCGAUUAAUAAGCAGACAAACUUUCCUCAGGACUUAAGUGAAACUGCUGCAGCUUUACAGCAAACACCGUGGAGAAUAAUCUGCGUGUUGCUCACUGAGUGGAGUUUUUUUUUGGAGCGCGCGCCGCUGAUUUCCACGCGCGCUGGUGUGUUUUGAGUAGCGGCUGUGUGCUCGCGCGCCGCUGUCCCCGCGCUCCGAGUGCUGAGAAGAGCAGAGCAGAGCGAGCGGGCCGCGCGCGCCUCUCAAUGCGGCGAAGCGAUGAGCACUGGGCUCUGCUGGCUGCGCGCGCUGCUGCUCGCGGCGUGUCUGUGCUUCGGCAGCGCAGAGAGGGAUCCUCUCCCUGCAGCUCUGGCUGAGCUGAUGAAGAGCGGCUCUGUCUCCUCCACAGAAGAUCUGCAGCUGUUGCUGCUCUCUGACUCCGUAGAUGAUGAUCCAGAGAGCGACCAUGCCAACAAUACCAACAAUCGGCUGCCAAGGAGCCUUCUGGAUGCUCCGCCAGCGCAGCAAGCCCAGUGUAAGGUGAGGACAGAGGUCAUGGAGGUCACCCGCUCUAUGCUGGACCGUAGCAAUGCUAACUUUCUGCUAUGGCCACCAUGUGUGGAGGUGCAAAGAUGCUCUGGGUGCUGCAACACAAAAACCCUUAAAUGUGUAGCUGUACUCACUCACACACGCCAUCUACAGGUGAUGAAGAUUCAGUAUGUGAACAUGCGCCCGGUCUACAAUAAAGCCGUAGUCUCAGUUAACGAUCAUGUGGAGUGCCGCUGUCAGCCUGCUCCUCGUCCAGCCUCGCGCAGAAAGUCUCCUGCUCACAAACAAGAAGCAAGAGAUCGCUCAGGUAAACCUCGCAAUAAAGAUGAGCUUCACCGGAGAGAUGAGCUUAAACCCAACCAGAGGCUUAAACUAGAGGAUCUGCUAAGCCACAGCUGGCUACCCCUAGAAAAUGGAGACGAUGCCUGGAGCCAUAAUAAGACGCACCAUGGAAAGAGCAGAGGCCAUUCCCUUGGAGAUGAGAGGAUGUAUAACAGCAGCUCCAAUGGCACAAAUGGCUGGUCUUCUGAGAGACUGGCAAAUCCUCUACCCAAUGAUAUUAAGAGAGAAGAUACAGGUUUACUACUACACAAUGUGACAAGGGCAAGAGAGCGAGUGAGAGAGAAAGAGGCCAAAGAUGUAGAAAUACAGAAAAACAGUACAAUAAGUGAUGAUAGGCUGACUAAUCAGUCAUUAGUGAAUGGGGUCGGCCCCACUGAAAUAACCAAUCAGAUUCCACAGCAUGAGUCAGAGCUAGUACAAUGUGCAGGCCACAGCAAGAGUGCCGAGAGCAGUCAAGUACAUAGAAACGAGACUACUUCCCAAAUGGAGACCACCCAGAAUCAAACACACAGUGAAGCACAUGCUGGGCAGACCAAUCAGACUAUGGUUCCUAAACCUGCAGAGAAAACCAAUCAAAAGCAAGGCCAUGCCUUUAAUGCAGAAAAAGAACCUAGUACAAGGAUAAAAGGAAAUGAGACUCCAGAGAUGGAGAGCACUCAAGAGGAGAUGGAGGGGACCAGAAGCAGUUCCACUUUGCUAAAGGAAAGGAAGGCUUUAGAGGAGGAAAAAGAGGAGCUGCUGUUACUUCACAAGCGCCUUGAUGAAGAAAAGCACAAACAUUUCCUGAAAGCCCAACAACACAGCCAACAUGAGGACCAAAAGCAGCAGCAGCCGCACCCCAAACCUCAGCAAACCCACACAACUACACAACGGACAGAAAGCAGAACAUCUACCCCAGUCAGAGUGUCCACACCACACACACACCCCAGAUUGCCCCCUCAUCCACCAAAGAGAUUGAGGAAACACCGCAACCGCAUAAGCAAGGCCGUCAUGAGGGCCAUGCUCAUGUAGCAUGCACAGACGUGUGUAAAGUGCAGUACCUGUCCAGAUCGUUGCACUAUCCUGAAUAAUAUAAUUUAUUCAUGCCUUCCUGUCCUUGGAGAGCCUCUAGUACUAAUCCUCAUGCAGUAACCCUGUUAUUGGGAGAGUCUGCAUUUGGCAGAGAUCUAGGGGCAGAGCUACAUUCCUACCAUAUUCCCCUGAUAUAAAUAACAGUGAUGUUAUUAAAGGGGACAGAAGACAUUGAGACAAUGUGACUGAUUCAGACUGACUGUCCAGUAGUUGCUACAACUCCUCAAAAGUGCUCUGAUGUCCUUUUUUUAAAGUUACUUCCGGUUGGAAACCUGCCUUGACCCUGUGGAACAAUGGAACUGAGGGAGUGAGCUUGGGAAUGUGUCUUUGAAACUUUUAGGGUAGAAAAGGACUUGCCUAGAAGUCUAGAAUGAAAAAAAAAACCUCUCUAGAAUAAAAAUAACAACAACACUGGACUUUAGAAGAUUUUUGGAAUGAACUGGGACUGGUCUGUGGAAACACUCAGAAAUAAAAGCGACUGGUCUAGAAGCUCCCUGAGCUCUCUGAAAAUGCUACUCUAGAGGCUUGUUCAAAUGGAAAAGACUGUGGAGUGGAGAUUUUAAGCUAAAUGCUAUUUAGAAUUAAAUCAUGGGUCUGGAGAUGAUCUCUGAACAAAGAAAGACUGAUCUAGAACUCUUUGGAAUGAAAACACUGGUCUAUAGAAACUGAAAUGGAAGAGAAUAAAUAAAUACAACUCUUGUAGCUCCUUGAAGUGGCCUCUGGUUUUAAAGUUCUGUUGAAAAUUCUGUUGCAUUGAUCAACUAAAUGUUCUAUGGAUUGGUAAAGAGUGGCUUAGAUUAUGUGGGAAAGACUAGUCUAGAAUUAAAGUAGAAUGAAGUCCAGUUUAUAUUCGCUAUACAUUAGAAAAUACUGGUCUGGAGGAUCUCUAGAAAUAAUUGAGUACUCUUAAUGCUCUUCUAGACAUUUUCCAGUUAUAAAGACCAGUGAAGAAACUUGUCUUUAAUCAGUAAGCAUGUCGUAAGAGAGACAGAAAAGCAGAGAGCUUCCAUCCAACUGAUGUAGCAUUCCAUCCAAAUGACAUAACCAGUUUCUCUUCUAACCAUCACCAUAUCCACAGCUAGUUUGAGUGGUGUACUGUUUCAUAAAUUUUUAGAAAAAAAAAUGGUUCUACCUUGCAUACUAUAGCUAUUCCUGUCCCUCCAGAGGAACCAGGAUGUAGAACUGAUUGUUUCUCCAUCUUGCAGGAUCCCAGGUAGAGCACCUUUAAGAAGCUGAGAACCCUUAACUAUGCAAAGAAGCUUAUAGGAUCUCCUUUUAUUGGUAGUGUGUAGUCAUAUCUGUGGAACAUAGUACAGCGCUGUCAGUGUCUGAGACAUACUGGACAGCUUCAUCUCAUCUAUUCAUGAGCUAGACAUAGAUUAACACAAGUGUUUUCAUUUGUCCAUUCAUUCAGAAUGAGAAAGGUCAAGAAAAAAGGAAGAGAGAUGAGAAUACAGAUAUAUCUCAAGUACAUUUUCAGGGUUAAACAGUGUUUCCAGUAUUUCUGGAUUAUUAAACAUAAUGCAAUAUUGAAGUCACAACCACUUAACAAAUCAUAUACAAUAUAUAAACACAGCAACAAUACUGUUUUACAUUUCUUAUUUAAUUUUCAUAUUAUUUAAUUUGACUGCUAACACUGGAAAUUCUCAGAUGGCAAAUAAAGGCUUGCAGUUCUAUUGUAUUAAUAUGGACCUCUUUGAAAUAUGACGGUGCUAUGUAAUGAUAAGAAAACAGCUUUACCAUUAAUGUUAUUUAUUCUUUUACGAUUGCUUUGUGAUUAGUUUCUCUUUGUAUUAAUUUUACUUAUUUUUUUCUCUGCAUUCUGUUAAAGGUGUAUUUGUGUAUGUGUGUAGUUUUAUUUGUUUGUUUGGUUUUUUUUCCCCAAGCUCCAGAUGUAUGUGAGGCACUGUUUGCACCGCAAAAGGAAUAUGAAUAAAGAACUAAACUAACCUGAGCUAAAGUUUCAGAUGGACCAUUUGCAUUUCAUGAUCAAGGCUAAGAGCAGAACAAUUUUUUUAAAAAUUACAUUUAAAAACAAAAAAACCAAAAAAACCUUACACACCUGAACCAAUGUCCAAUAUGAUUUUUAUGUGUGUAAAUUGUAUGGAAUGUUUCUGUUGCAGCAUUGUCUGCAUAUCUCUACAUUUUAUAAACAGUGUCUAUUAUUAUGGUUUAUCCUUCACAUUUCUCACAUUUCUUUUCCUUUUUCCUGUCCUUAUUUCAUAUUUUUACAUUUAGUGAUUUGGUAAAAUUGAGGACCCUAUGACACUUUCCAACUCAAGUCAUACUCACUUCCUAUAUCUCACAUUUAUUCCCCUUUCUCUCUCGUAUUCUUGUUGACUUUAACUAGACAUUGUCAGAGUCCCACUCCUUUGCCCAGUUCAGUAGUCAGCGAUGCAGGAGUGUAUUAGCUUUGUCCCAGCCAUUCUGAUUAAAACAAACACUUUGCCAUUAUGGGUGCUGUUCACCCCCUUUGGCUAAAACAGUUCCCUGACUUCUCACAUGAUUCUGGCUAGUGCAGGGAGGGAUGGAGACUCAGAUUAUUAUUAUUAUAUUGUUACAUAUCAAGUCUGUAAGCCUAAAUAGGUUAAUAAACAGUAUAGAGUCUGUUUAAGAUCUGGUUUAAAUCUAGGGAAAGCUUUUUAGGGCAAAAUGUAUUAAGGCGCUAAUAUUUUC